AUGGGACCUACCAGGCAAAGGACACCCUUCUGCAAUGGUAUUUCCACAUCGCAUCCCAGCAGAUCUCGUCCUUCGACGAGUUCGCCAUACAGCAUGUGCCGCGAACAAAAUUCCCGAGCUAACCUCCUAUCGAAGCUCGCCAGUACCAAAAAACCUAGACAGCACCGAACUAUCAUCGAGGAGACCCUACACUCGCCUAGCUUCGAUGGCAAGGUUGUCAACGUCAGCGACAAUGGAGACCUGGCCUGGAUGACAGGCAUCUGGAAUUACUUGAAAGAGGGUACCUUGCCCGAAGACAAAGACGAAGCUCGGAAGGUGAAAAUGAGGUCGGCUAAGUUUGUCAUUGUCGGAGACAAACUAUUCAAACGUGGCAUUUCCACCCCGCUGCUCAAGUGUUUGACCGCACCCCAAGCAGCCUACGUCAUCGACGAAAUUGGUCGGGGCAUAUGUGGCUUGCAUUCUGGAGCUCGCUUGAUGGCCACCAGAGUACUCCGGGUUGGAUACUACUGGCCCACUCUAAAGUCAGAUUGCCAAGAUUACAUACAAAAUGCAAAGAAU